AUGGGCCCCCCUAAACCGCCUGUGCCCCAUGUGGCUCCCAUCUACCGCUUGACCGCCACUGCUCUUGGAGCGGGCAUGUGGUUCUGGUUGAUGUACCGAGCAAAGAAAGAUGGACCGGUUUUGAUGGGCUGGAAGCACCCGUGGGAUCACUAA